AUUUCCUCUUCUCUUUCCCCGCAAGGGUUUAAGCUUCCUGACCUCCUCCUGCUGAUUUCUUGUUCAUCCAUGGCGGAGGGUUUAUGACUUUGUUUAUUAUAACUUACCAAAAAAUGGCGCAAUCUCCGUUCACUCUCAUUCUCCUAAAACGCCUAUCCCUCUCUUAUAAAUCCCGUCUAAAGCCUCAUCAUUUAUCUUCUCCUCCAGGUUUUACCACCGUUUUUGUAAGGCCCUUCUCUUCUACUUCUCCACAGCCGGCGGGUGCCGCCACUGAAGAUCCGCCGAAACGGAAUUCUCUCUCGGCUCGUAUGAGCUUUGUUUUUGAACAAAUUGAUAAAAUAGAAAAACAGAAGCAACAACAGUCGCUCGAAAACGACGACACCCUGCAGCGUAUAAGAGCUUGGCGUCAAUCCAAGAAGGAAUCUCAAGCAACCCAGAAGCGAUUUCAAUCCAAAGAACAAAACCCAGAUUCUUAUUCUGGUAGUGCCAAAAACGAUGCCGCUUUGUCUGAUUCACCCGAGUUAACUGACUUACCCAACGGAGGUGCUUUCCAGAGGAUUCAUGCUUGGAGGGAACUCAAGUAUGGGGAGAAUAACGAAAGUGCUGAGGAUGCUAAAAGUGAGGCUGAAGUUGGUGUUUUGAGUACUGAUUCAGUGACCAAGUUGGGCGAGUCAGAAACGCAGAAGAAGGGGAAGAAGGUGGAGGUGGAGGUGGUGCACCCAUGGCCUGAGUGGAUAGAAUUGAUGGAGAGAUUAGUGCAGCAAAAUUACUUUGAUCAUAAAAGAAGAGAUGAUGAGAAGAUGGUGGAAAACUUGGGAUUUGAUAUGACUAAUGUUGUUGAGGAAGUCAAGGAUGAUGCUGGAAUUGAUUUUAAGGACUACAAGACUGUGCAAACUGCUUGUAUCAAUUUUGGAAAGGACCGAUUUGAUAUAUUGAGGUCAUUAUCGAGACAGGAUAUUCAAAUUUUGGUCGGUUUUGGAUGCCCGAAUGCCGACAAGAAGCUGGUUUUCUCUGCAAAACUCUUGAGGAAACGUGUCCACCUUGAUGAAGGAGAUGUUUGUAGUUCCUGCAGUUUGAGGAAUUCUUGCGAGAGAGCAUACCUUCUGACGAACAAAGAGGAUGAGGCGCGAACUAUUGAUGUUAUGCGUGUCCUAUUGGCCUAUGGUUUUGAUUACGUGAAUGGUUCAGUGGUAAAUGAAUCCGUUCUGAAAAAAAAGUCUGUAAAAACUGUCGCCCGUAAGUUGCUUUAUGAGGUUGUAAAGUUGAGUGCUAUUCCUAUAGAUCCGAAUCUUCCCCCACCUGUGAUAAAGAAGCCACCACCAAAAGUGAAACAACCUCCUCCUCCAAAGAAGCGAGUUGGGCGUGAUGACAUUGAGAUGAAAAAGGGCGAUUGGCUUUGUCCCAAGUGUGAUUUCAUGAAUUUCGCAAAGAAUACCAUCUGUCUACAGUGUGACGCUAAGCGACCUAAGCGACAACUGCUUCCUGGGGAAUGGGAAUGCCCUGAGUGCAAUUUCUUAAAUUAUAGAAGAAACAUGGCAUGUUUUCAUUGUGAUUGCAAGCGUCCACCUGAUGCAUUUAUGGGGAGUAAAAUACAAGAAAUGCAACCUGGUCCGAGAACAAGGUUGGAGAAAGUUGCCAAUCGACCAGAGGUCUCCAAUGCCUGGAAUUUUGACUUUGAUGAUGAUGAAUCAGAUGGGGCAGAUGUUGCGGCCUUUGAGUAUGCAGACACUUCAGUAAAGAGUGGAGGGGACUUUAGGGAGCUUGAAGAUGAAUCUGAUAUGGUUGGCCGAGCAUCGAGGGUCCAGGAAAGAAUGUAUUCAGAUUUUAAUAGUAGCAAGCAUGGACUAGGGUUUGAUGACUUUGAUGAUGAAGAUGAUAUCAAUAGUUACGAGGUAGACUCUCAGCAAAAUAAUCCAAGGCAGAAAGCUUCCUCGAAUGUUUAUGUUGACAAGGAGGUGUUUCCUGAACCAGAGAGAAGUCGGGGCUCUAAGUUCGUGCGUAAAAAUAUAGCUUUAUCCGGCUCUGAGGAUGACUUAGAUUUUGAUUCAGAUGAAGAACUUUCAGCUCAUCCUAACUGGAAAUCGAGUCAUGUGGCUGAUUCGAAGCAUAAAGGUAGAAUUGCGUCGAAGGACUUGAGUUUUGACUCAGAAGACCUUGAUUUGAAUUCCGAUGGCGAUGAUGGUUUUGACAAUUUCGGGUCUAAACGGUGGAAAGAGGACAAAGGGAGUUAUGGUAGAGGCAAAUCUCAGAACAGAGAAAGUUCUAGUUUUAAAGGUGGUUCCUUCUCCGGUUCGGACUAUGAAAACAAUGGUCCUCAUUCCAGGAGAAUUGUGUCUAGAGGGAGUAAAACAGGAUCAGGCAGCCGAGGAAACAGUGUUCGUGGCUCUGGCAGCAAUGAUUACAAAUUCAGAAAAAAUUCACAUUCUAGAUCGAAUGCCAAGACAGAUGGCAGAAGAAACAAUUCGAACAACAACUUUAACAGAUCACAUCGAGGGUCCAGGGGUGAUAGUAGGGGGGUCGGAGAAGAUGACUAUGGUAGGCAGAAGGGAGGUGGUAGGAAUCCUGGAGGAUUUGGAAACAGGCCCUGGGGAAAGUCUCGUGAAUAUGGUAAGGAGGUGGAUCAUGAUCCUUCUGAAUUUAGAAAUAGUAGGCGUGUUAUUCAAAGAUAAAUUACUUGAAUUGUUAACACCAUUUUUGAUAUUUUUCCCUUUACUUCUUCAAUGGCAUAUUUAAUUUAAUUCUUUUCC